ACAUGGGAAGGCAGCACAGGAAAGGGAGACGAGGCUGCAACGAAUAGAUAUUCACAUUUCCAUAGAAACAGAGCAACGUGUAGCAACUUAGAACACGAAAUUUAUUGGUUUAUAACUAGUCCAGGUGGCACUGGCAAACGUCAGCUGAUUUUUUUUCAGAUUAGAAACCAAACGUUCUGGCAGAGAGAACACACGCCGCGUCAAGAAGGGUAACUUGGCUAUAGAACUCCACUGCCAGAGCAUCAUCGUGAUGUUGCUAAAAUGCGCUGUGGUGGCAAUGCUGUUGGGAGUCAUGGCAGCUGCUCCCACCUUGCCAGAAAAGCGCUCAGACGAAACCAUAGCCUUUGGAAAUCAACAGAAUAAGGAAAGGGUAAAGAAAUCAGACCCAGGUAUAGAGAGUAAGAGUCAAGAGGCUGGUUCUACCGCGUCACACGAGAAAGAAGACAGUUUGGUUGAUGCCAAAAGCGAGUCAGAAGUGGAAUCAAAGCCUGUUGAAUUCAUUGAUACUCAAAUGGAUAGGGUGCUUUCGGAUAAAAUACCAAAACUCGUAAACCCUGGCACCGCUGCUGAAGAGUCGGAACAGGUACCCAGCGCUGACGCUGGCGACAACUCUAACGAACCACCGGCCGACAGUGUGAUAGAGCCUUUCAAUCAAGACUCGACGCCAGACCAGAAUACCGAUUCAGAGACGGAGGACAUGUUGGAUGAACAGGAUGAAGACAGCCAUUCAGAUUCUACAGAGCCAGACAUCUCUGAGAGUAAAGACGAAGAAAGCGAUGAAGUGGACAAACUGGUAGAUACACAGCCGGUGGCGCCCCCUCAGCUUCCCCCUGAUGCAGAUAUCACUGAUGAAGAGAAAGCACUUGCUAGUCUUGGUGCAGAAGAGAAGACACCCGAGGAACUUGCGGAGGAUGGCUCUGACGAUGAGGAACGCGAGGAAGAAUAUGAUUAUGAUGAUUUGAAAAAAUACUAUGAUCAAAUGAUCUACGACAGAGACCACUUCGUGGACCCUUACGUCUACCGCUAUUAUUAUCCAUACUUAUCUCCAUACGACUACAGAAGAAAGAGAAGCGCCAGCCUCCCCGCCCGCCUUGAAAAGCGUGAUGCGCCAGCAGAAGAAAAAGAACUUAGGAGAAACAAACGCUCUCGGCGAGAUGUGAACGGCUAUAAUGAUGUCAGGUUUUCGGAAGACGAACUGCGAGAUUUGUGGCAGCUAAUGCGAGCAGCCUACAACUCUCGUACAGAAGAUGAAGAAGAUGGAUACGAAGAUGAUCAGUCUUACAGCCCUUACGACGUGCCCCGAUACGUACCCCAAGAAUACUGGACCCGAGAAUUUCUCCCGUCAGAUAACUACGACAUAUAUCGCUACGUCCCCCAAAACAUACCAACCAAAAGAAACAGAAUUGGUUUUGGAUACGGAAUAUUUGACCAAAGAAGGGCUUUCUCCCCGAAUUUCAGAGUAGAAGAGGAUGACGAACCACGUGGAUACUGGCGGGAAGAACCAGAGGCAGAAUACCAAACUUACGAGAUUCCCAUACGACCUUACCCUUCCGUGCCUAAGCGCCAAUACCUAAGUAUGGUACCGGGGAAUAAACGAGCUCCCUUCUACCCAUACGAGGCCGAGCCACAGUACGGGCGCUGGGGAGCUUUCAUCAGAAAAGCUCAGGCAGAAGAAAAGCGGGAAAAGGCUGCGGAGGAGUAUAUGCAGCUGUAUAAUCUAGCCCGAGCUUUGGGAAAACAUGAGGAAAUCGAGGGAGCAGAGGAGAAAUAAAUAGAGAUAGGGGGAUGAUAUACAGAGUUUUCAUUGGAUCGCUCCCGUAUUUGCCGAUAAGGUAGAAUUCUUUGCGCAAAAAAAAUUAUUUUCAAGAUGUUUAAGACGAUUGUUACAAAUUAUGUAUUAUAUUUCGUGAGCAUGUUUACAAGACUAAGACUGCAAACCUCUAGAUAGUCAUACAUGUAUUGUUAUUCAAUUGCGGAUUAUCGCUUGACCCUCCGUCUUUUACUGUAGUUUCUGUGUACUCUAAGGCAGGACUAAUCUUCGAAGGCUUUUAAGUCGCAAAAGUAUUUUAACAACUUCUCAAAAGAACAGAGAAGUAUAUAUUUUUGAAUGUUUCAAUAUAUUCGUGUCAACUGUUGUAUAUUUUACCUUUGAUAUAACAAUAUUGUAUUGUCAGUUUCACGCGAUUUCAAAGUAUAUAAUUUAUACUGACACUGGCCCCCUGUUGCAACAAGUCAGAACUGUUGACAGAAAAUUAUAAUUUUAUAAAUCUUUAUGUCAAACAAAUACCCAGAUGAUGUCACUUAGGAUACACAUUUUUUCCUUCACUUAUACAUGUACUAAAAUGCCAAGAUUACACCUAUCCAUAUUAUCUUUUGGCUGUUUCUGUAAAAUAUUUGCAUUGAAUAAUCUUGUGAAGCCUACUACAUCGUACAUGUAACUGUUACCGGCAAUAAAUCAUACGGUUUUAUUUUUUUCUGUCAUAAACAUAAUAACACAAUUUUCAUAACAUUCCAAAGUUGAUCACGUAAACAAAUUUAUGUCCGAAGGCACAAACUAUUGUUUUUUCUAAGCAAUGAUUAGUGGUAAUUAAUGUGACUGCAGGAUUCAUGGAAAAGCGGAAUUCGCAUUAUCUUGGAAAAUUCGCAAAAUAAACUUGUGUUUGUUUGCCCCCAACGCUUUAUAUCGACUGAGAAAAGCACUCACAGCUGCAUGUCAAUAAAUGGAGUUUCAAGAAAUUACUGCAAUUGUACAUUAAUGCCAAUUUGUUGUUGGCAUUAACUUCAAAGAAAUAGGUUAUUUUAUAAUAAGACUGAGUGGCAGCUUAGCUGAGUAAUGGAUAAACGUUAAGCUAUUUUGAGUGCGAGACGCAAGACAUUAAUAGAGAGCAUUUCUCAAUUUUUGAAAACACAUUACCAUUAAACCUAUAUACUGGUAUAACAUUUGCCAGAUAUACUUAUUGUAUCAUCAGGAAACAUUUUUCAGCCAAUUUUGUUGACCCGAAAAGCAUGGUGGAAAUGUAUCUGGGAUAACUUCAUUUGUAUGUGUAUAAUAAAGCAUUACUUCUUGAA